AUUGAAAUGGUCUGAACACACUGGCGGGAGAGAGAGGGAGAAAGAAGUCUCGGGUUUUAUUGUUAGUCCGUGAUUAGCAGCGCGGUGUUCAAAAAUACCUUUCCUCAAUAUUUUUCCUGAAUUUUUUAAAAUUUAUAUAAGAGAUACAAGGCUCAACAGGACGCCCCGGCUUUUAAUUUAUUAUUAUUUUUUUCGGGAUAAAAGUCUCCCGCGCGGGGUAAAAAAAAAAGCUCCCAGAGACAGUACAAGCUAGCCUGCAAAGCUAACAUUUUAUCCAUUGUCUCUUUAGAAAAGUCUCUUAAAAAUAACAAAAAUAAGAAUAAUCAACAGAUCAUUUAGAAUAAAAUUCUUCUUUAUUUGUUUCCUUUUUACGACAGUUUACGACCUUUUUUCCUGCUCGUAGACUUGCUAACUGCUGAACUGCUAAUGGCGAAGGUUCAGGUCCUAAACGUUGCUGUUUUGGACAACCCGAGUCCUUUCGGCAACCCUUUUCAGUUCGAGAUCACAUUCGAGUGCAUGGAGGAUCUUCCUGAAGAUCUCGAGUGGAAGAUCAUAUAUGUGGGCUCAGCCGAGAGCGAGGAGUACGAUCAGACCCUGGACUCGGUCCUGGUGGGACCCGUACCUGCGGGGAGACACAUGUUUGUGUUCCAGGCGGACGCUCCGAACACGGGCCUGAUUCCCGAGAGCGAUGCAGUGGGCGUCACCGUGGUCCUGAUCACCUGCACGUACAGAGGACAGGAGUUUAUUCGCAUCGGCUAUUACGUCAACAACGAGUACACCGACGCCGAGCUCCGGGAAAACCCGCCUCUCAAACCCAACUACUCGCAGCUCCAGAGAAACAUUCUGGCCUCGAACCCUCGCGUAACCCGCUUCCACAUCAACUGGGAAGGCUGUUCUGAGAAGAUGGAGGACUCGGAGAACGUGGACCCGUCUCCCAACGUGAUGCUGCCUCCGUCGUGCCCCCCGGGGAAAGCGCCUCCGCUCGGACUGAUGCCGGAUAACUCCAUGGACUGCUUGUAGAUCCGUCCAUGACAGAACCGUCAUCCCCUUUAAAGACCUCGUACACCACCAGAACCACCGGACCGGAGACGCAGACUUGCCGAGGAGCGUGGACAAACCAAACGAAAGGACUCUCGCACACACACACACACUUUCAUUUUUAUUUUAAUUUUUUUUCGUGUGUUUUUGGUAUUUUUCAGGAUUGUCUCUGAAGACAGAUAAAGGUUAGGAAUAUUCGACAAGCAAUGUUUUUCAGAAUCCCUAGGUUUAAAGCGUGCAGGUGGGAUUGUACAGUACUGUAUAUAUGUUUACUUCUGUUUGUAUUCUGGCUCUCCGAAUAAAUAAAUAUCUUUUGUUACGUCA